UAAACCAUCCAAGAUCCAACAUUUUUAUUUUAUUCCAAUUCAUUAUUCAAUUUAUAUGAUACGUGAAAGGUUUUUCUUUCACCUGUAAAUGUUGGUUUUUAUUUUAUUGUUCGUAAAAUUUUAAAGCUACAAAUGUAUAAUUAUUUGUACGAGUUGUAUGUCAAAAUAACUAUUGUCAAUAGUUACGUGUGCCUUUAGAUGUGUCGACUUCGGUGUAAAAUAUUUGAGUAAGAAUGGAUGUAUAGUAUACAAAGAACGCGAAACAGUUUAGAAAUACGAAGUAUUGUGGACAAUAAUUAUUUAUAUUUACUAACCAAUAGUUAACAAAAAUAAGUAAGCAUGACUGUGAUGUCACAAGAAGAAAUGAUGGUUGGUAUAAAGACUGUUGCCCAAGGAUUGGAAGCCUUAAAAAAUGAGUUAAUGGCAUCUAAUAACCCUUCUGGUCAAAAUACAAUGCAACCAGAAGAAAAACAGUCAAUGCUUCAAAAAACUUUAGAUAUGACAGAAUUAGGUCUUGGAGAAGCUCAGGUUAUGUUAGCUUUGGCUUCCCAUCUCCAAAAUGUUGAAGCAGAAAAACAAAAACUAAGAACUCAAGUUCGUAGACUUUGUCAAGAAAAUGCGUGGCUAAGAGAUGAGUUAGCAAAUACACAACAAAAAUUACAAGCUUCUGAACAGGCUGUUGCAUUAUUAGAUGAACAAAAUAAACAUUUAGAGUUUAUGGCAUCUAUCAGUAAAUUUGAUGCUGAUAAGACCGAAGAUCAGACUGAAAGUAAACAAGAAAAGUCUAAAAAUGAUGAUCCGGUUGUUGAUUUAUUCCCAGAUGAUGAAAAUGAAGAAAGAAAUACAUUAUCACCUACACCACCAUCACAGUUUGCUCAACAAGUAAAUGCUGGAGCUGGUUAUGAGAUUCCAGCACGUUUAAGGACAUUACAUAAUUUAGUAAUUCAGUAUGCGUCGCAGGGAAGAUAUGAAGUAGCUGUCCCAUUGUGUAAACAAGCUUUGGAGGAUUUAGAAAAAACAUCAGGUCAUGAUCACCCUGAUGUAGCCACUAUGUUGAAUAUUUUAGCUCUUGUUUAUAGAGAUCAAAACAAAUAUAAAGACGCAGCUAAUUUACUAAAUGAUGCAUUGGCAAUACGUGAAAAAACUCUUGGAGAAAAUCAUCCAGCUGUUGCAGCAACAUUAAACAAUUUAGCAGUACUUUAUGGGAAACGAGGUAAAUAUAAAGACGCUGAACCAUUGUGUAAAAGAGCUUUGGAAAUCAGAGAAGCAGUACUAGGUAAAGGACAUCCAGAUGUAGCUAAACAAUUGAACAACUUAGCCCUGCUUUGUCAAAAUCAAGGUAAAUAUGAAGAAGUAGAACGAUAUUAUCAACGCGCAUUGGAAAUAUAUGAAAAAAAGUUAGGACCAGAUGAUCCUAAUGUAGCUAAAACCAAAAAUAAUUUAGCUUCGUGUUACUUAAAACAAGGAAAAUAUAAGGAAGCUGAAAUAUUAUACAAACAGGUGUUAACUAGAGCUCACGAAAGAGAGUUUGGAACAAUUGAUGGGGAUAAUAAACCAAUAUGGCAAGUGGCUGAAGAACGUGAAGAAAAUAAAAACAAAAGUACAGGUGCAGCACCAUAUACAGAGUAUGGUGGUUGGCAUAAAGCUGCUAAAGUAGAUUCACCAACAGUUACUACCACACUUAAAAAUCUAGGAGCAUUAUAUAGAAGACAAGGAAAAUAUGAAGCUGCAGAAACUCUUGAAGAUUGUGCAUUACGUUCUAGAAAAGAGGCUUUUGAUAUAGUAAAACAAGCCAAAGUUGCACAAAUUCUUAGUGGAUCAACUAGUAGUGUAAAUAGUAAUGACAGGAGAAACCGAUCAAGUCGUUUGAUUGGUUCUAGGGAAUCACUGGAGUAUGAUACUAGUUCUACUGGAACAAAAUUAGAUGAGAAAUCUGGAACAGAUGGUCAACAGAAGUAGAUUUUAAAUACAAUAAAUAUUAUCUACUCGCUUAUCCACAGCGUAUACUUGCACUGCUUCGGCAAACAAGUUAUUCAUCUCCUAAAAGAAAAAAACACGGAACGGUCCAUUUUUUUUUUUAACUAUUAUGUAUUUAUAUGUGCAAUAAAAUAAAUAAUUACACUGCAAAAGUAGGUGACUAUAAUAUUGUAGACAAAUAUUCUUGACUUAGCUAACUAAUAAAAACAUAUUAAUGGUUAUUCUAAGAAAGUCAACUUAGAGUAAUAGAAUAGAAUGUUAUGAUCAAAAAAAUUCUUACAUAUUUAAAAUAUAUAUGAUAAAUAAUAUACAUGUUUAUUAAAUAUAUAACAUAUAUUGAUAUUUACAUGUUAAGGUAAAGAAUCUAUAAAAUACUCUGUAAAAAAUAAAAUUACUUACAUACCAGUAUUUAAACAGGAAUUUAAGUUUAUUUAAAAAAAAUACUCAUAAUUAAAAAAUAUUUAUUAACUUCUUUUGUAUUUAGCUCAUAAUUUAUUAAUUAUGAUCAAUUCAAAUUGAGAAAAUGAUAAAGAACAAUUUUUUUCUUUACUCUAUUCAUAACAUUAUUAUUUUUAAUAUAUAAUAAUUAAUUGUUAUAAUUAAUAAGUUAGAAAAAAAUUGUGAAAUAUCUUAUAAUAAUGAGUGUUUAUAUUCAAGAGUAAAUUUAGUUAUUUAUUGAAAUGAAAAAAAAAAUAUGUCACUUAACUCUAGAUUUUACAUUAAUAUUAUGUUUAUUUUAACUUCUGAUAUUUUAGUAUAAUGCUAUUGUGAAUUUAUAAAUUAACUUACACUUAUUCAUUCCUUGUGAGGUUUUAGGUUUUUAAAGAAUUAAAUACUUAUAUAUAUAUUUUUUUUUUUGUAUGCAUCUUUUUAUAUUUAACUGAUAAUUAAAGAAUUAAAUUGGUACAUAAUAUAAAAUCACCUAGAGAUAGAAUCUACCAUUUUAUUAAUAUUAAAAACUUAUUAAUUUUUAACAAUUAUUAUCAUUUAAGUAUAAUCAAUUGCCUAGUAAUAUACUUUUUAUUAUUAUUGACAUCAUGUAUAUCGUAUCCAUAUUUAUAUAUUUUUUUUUUAUUCAUAAAAAUAAAUUAUUUAAUAUUUUUA